AUGAGAAACGAAAAUGUGUUGACGCAGAAUUGUGACGUGCUGGACACAGUAGGCAACAAAUUGGAAGAAAUUUUAAGAAACCUAGAAAAUGUUUUAGCCCAGCUGGACCCACUAAACAAUUAUGAAGCGAAGGAAGAUUCAAUGUUCUCCAAUUUGAAUGACGAACAGAACGAAAUUAUUAUCUUGUCCAACAUGAUAUAUGAUAAUAUUAACAACCUUACAUCUAUGCUUCACGAUUUUAUUAAAACCAUCCCCCCCUCGUACACAUACCAUACGACUUUCCACUCAAACAACUUUGUUAUCUUGAGGGAGAAUAGAAAGGAGGAAAAAAGACAAGAUGUGCGGAUACCCUUGGAUAAUGCUCAUAAAGAUGGCACGCCACUUGAUGGAACAGCGUGUGCUGACGUACAGGCUAUGCAAUAUGAAGAUGGAAUAGGGAAACACACCCAAUUGGAUGCUAAUGAAAAUGAGGACGCUGAUUCAAAUGAUCAACAGGGUACAGAGCUAACCACCCACUCCGCUCCCCCUGCUCAUAUCAAAUUGAUUGAUAAAAGAAUAUUCAAGCCGCUGCAGCUAUACAAAAAAAAACCGGUUGAAGAAUUUUUCUAUUUUUCUCACACAGUCGAUUUAGAGUAUGCUAAUUUGUUAUACAUGCAAAGGUAUGAACAGAAACUUCAAGAAUAUUUAAUGAAGGCGAGGUAG